UCAAGUAUAAAGAUCAAUCGCCAAGUUCAACUUUUAGAUAAUUAUAAUGAUAUUUAUACAUUUAGCAAGGAUACUACUCCAAACGAUAAUAAAACCAAUUUUGAUAAUUCUAACAAGUUACCCAUCAUAGCCAAAAAUUGUAAAAAUCAGGAUGCAAUAUUUAUACCAAACACUAAUGAUAAAAUUCCAGAGUCACUAUUUACUUCUGUUCAACUCAAACCAAGGAAUCCAUUGGUCCCUCUUAUGGCUAUUGAAAAUAUGAAUAUACCACAUUCUUCAAAUUUAUAUGAUGAAAAUUCUGAAACUGUUUCGCAACCACGAAGAAAAAAAAUUGAUAAUUCCACUUUGGAAGAGCUCUUUGAAGAACAAGGUAUAAGUUGGAAUAAAAAGAAAUUUGGAAAGGAAUAUCAGCUUCGAAACAUCCGUCUAGAUGAUGAUGAUAUUGUUAAUGCGACCAAGAUAAUUAGCUAG